UAAUAAUACUUAUUAUUGUUAUUAUUAUUAUUAUUAUUAUUUCAUAAUUUAAUAAAAAUAAAAUAAUAAGAAAAAGAAUAAAAUAAUAAUUAUAAUAAAAUAAUGACAAUAAUAAUAAUAUUAAUAAUAAUCUUAUAAACAAUAAUAUUAAUACAACAAUAAUAAUAAUAAAAGUAAUAAUAAUAAUGCUAAUUAUUAUUAUUAUUAUUACUAUUAUGUCAUAAUUUAAUAAAAAUAAAAUAAUAAGAAUAAGGAAGAAGAAAAAGAAUAAAAUAAUAAUUAUAAUAAAAUAAUGAUGACAAUUAUAGGAAUACAGUAAUUAUUACAACAACAAUCAUAAAAAUAAUAAUAAUGAUAAUAUAAAUGCUACUACUAAUAGUAAUUAUAAUAAUAAUUAUUAUUAGUAUUAUUAUACCUAUACCUAAUACAUAUUCAUAUUUUUCUAGUAUUUCAGAAAUAAACCCUGACGCCAAAAUGGAAUCAAACGUUUUUUUGAAAAGAUGUUUUUAUUCUCUCUCUCUCUCUCUCUCUCUCUCUCUCUCUCUCUCUCUCUCUCUCCCUCCCUCCUCUCUCCCCCCCCCUCCCCCCUCUCCUCUCUCUCUCCCCCCUCCCCCCCUCUCUCUCUCCCUCUCUCUCUCUCUCUCUCCCCCCCCCCCCUCUCUCCCUCCCCCUCUCUCCCUCCCCCUCUCUCCCCCCCUCUCUCUCAGUGUCUGUUCUGGUUCUGACCGGACUGAAGGUGAUCAGAGCUCCGGAUCGUUCACACAGCUUCUUCCUGACUAACACCACCUUCACACAGGUGUACUGCACAGGUAACUCUCCUUAAAGAAAGCUGUAUGACUCUCUGUCGUCUGAUUGGUCCUCCGGACUCCAUCCUCUCUCCUCAUUGGUCGGUUUGCAGGCCUUGGCCACCACACAAAGAUGAGUUACCGUACGCUCCGCCCUGUGCAGCGCUUCUCUCAGUGGCUGAAAGGACAGGACGACCAAUGGGCGCUGAGCAGGGCUCUGAUUGGAGGAUUCUUCAUCUUCCCGCCUCCUCCUGUCUCCUUGGAAACGUUCAUGAAAGAGCGGCGAGGUCAGCCGUGUGCACGUGUUCGCCUGUUUUCAUUGGUUCACAGAAACCUCUUUAAGGUGUUCCUGUCUCUCUGCCGCACAGGUGAGCCGGGUUUCCUGCAAGGGGCGGAGCUUCAGGGAGAGAUGGAGCGGCUCUGCUACCGAGAGCGCCGCUCCUUCUGUGUUCAGGCGGCUGUAACCAUGGUUACGUACAGCCGAAGAGGGGAGGUGACUGAUCAACAAACAAACAGAAAGUGUUUGUGUUCUUUAUUGAAAUACGAGCUGAAGUGUUUUUGUCUCUCAGGACCACCAGGCUUUGGUUUGGACAGAAGGAGCUCCGUCUCCCUGCACCUCCUCCUCCUCUCCUUCUCCUCGUCUUCAUAGAGUCUCUCCUCACCCCUUCUCCUCCUUACCUUCUCCUCGUCUUCGUCAGGUUUCUCCUCACCCGUCCGCCUCCCCCGCCCCCUCCCUCUCUCUGUCCACCUCCUCCCUCCUCUCCGAUCCCUCGACUCCUCGCUCCUUCAGACCGGUCCUCUCCUCCUCUCCUCUACCUUCUCCGUCUUCGUCCGUCUGUCCGCUGACGCCACGCUCUCUGGACCGCAGAACCUUCAGGUGAGUCUUCAGACCCACAGGAGCUCAGACCGGUCUAACCCUGACCCUCGAUGAACCUUCAGUCUGUGUUUAAGCAGGAAGUCCUGGAAGAGGAAGCUGCUGCAGCCGAGCGACACGCCGAAGAAGAGGUGAACACCGAUCAACAGAGGGUCCUCCAACCCUCUGUCUGUGUCCUCGAACCCUCUGUCUGUGUCCUCCAACCCUCUGUCUGUGUCCUCGAACCCUCUGUCUGUGUCCUCGAACCCUCCGUCUGUGUCCUCGAACCCUCCGUCUGUGUCCUCGAACCUUCUGUCUGUGUCCUCGAACCCUCUGUCUGUGUCCUCCAACCCUCCGUCUGUGUCCUCCAACCCUCUGUCUGUGUCCUCCAACCAUCUGUCUGUGUCCUCGAACCCUCUGUCAGUGUCCUCGAACCCUCUGUCUGUGUCCUCUAACCUUCUGUCUGUGUCCUCUAACCUUCUGUCUGUGUCCUCGAACCCUCCGUCUGUGUCCUCGAACCCUCCGUCUGUGUCCUCCAACCCUCUGUCUGUGUCCUCGAACCCUCUGUCUGUGUCCUCGAACCUUCUGUCUGUGUCCUCGAACCCUCUGUCUGUGUCCUCGAACCCUCCGUCUGUGUCCUCGAACCUUCUGUCUGUGUCCUCCAACCCUCUGUCUGUGUCCUCCAACCCUCCGUCUGUGUCCUCCAACCCUCCGUCUGUGUCCUCCAACCAUCUGUCUGUGUCCUCGAACCUUCUGUCUGUGUCCUCGAACCCUCUGUCUGUGUCCUCUAACCUUCUGUCUGUGUCCUCUAACCCUCUGUCUGUGUCCUCGAACCCUCUGUCUGUGUCCUCCAACCCUCUGU